AUGUUAUCGCCUUCGAUGACAAUAUCUCGAUUUAUUUGCAUUGCCGGAUUGCUUUCUUUGCUUCAUUGUGCCUACUCGGCAGCACAGCAUCGUUUUUAUUUGCGUUUAACAGAACAGCCGUUUACUCUGCUGCCGACCGAUUUAAUUCUGCAAACCCUUAUAAGUCUGAUAGCUGUGGUUUAUGGAGCAUCAUACUUUGCUGGAGAUUUUCUUCCCGUUCGUUCUGACCUACAGAAUAGAUCUAAAUCAUGGGACACUGUUGGAAAUUGCCCUUCUUUUUAUACAUUCGAUCACCGCGCAAGAGCGUUGAUUCCGGAGUAUAGUGCGUUUGACAAAGAAUUUGUUCAGGGAACUAGACAGGCGACUUCGAAAACCACUAAAUGGAUGUAUGGUGCAGCAGAAUACUUAGAGGAUUAG